AUGGUAGAUGCGAGCACCUUUACUCAUUUGAUCUCCGCAUGCUCGUUUUUAAGAUCAAGAGAAUAUGGAAGAAAAAUCCACAACCAUAUUCUGAAAUUCAACUUGCUGCCAGAUACGAUUCUCGAGAACCAUAUUGUCAAUAUGUACGGAAAAUGUGGGUUGACAAAUGGUUCUAGGAAAGUGUUCGACAAUAUGCCUGAAGUGACGAGGACUUCGUUAAUUGCUGGAUACUCACAGAACGGUAGGGAUAUCGAAGCCUUAAAAUUGUAUGUGCAAAUGCAGCAGUCUGCUUGUUCGAGUAUUGCCGAUGCUGGUUUGGGUGGGCAGUUGCAUGGCCAGGUAAUCAAAUCUGAAAUUGGGUCCCACCUAAUAGCUCAAAACUCUCUUACUGCUAUGUACACCAAGUUUGCUCUGAUCAGUGAGUCGGCCGAUGUUUUCUCGCGCAUCAAGAAAAAGGAUUUGAUUUCAUGGAGUUCAAUGAUUUCCAGGUUUUCAAAACUCGGUUAUGAGUUCGAAGCUCUAAACUGUUUGAAGAAAAUGCUCUCUCAGGGUAGCUACAUUCCAAACGAGUUCAUUUCAGAAGUGUUGUCAGUUCUUGUGGCUCUCUCGUUCAGCCAGAAUAUGGGAGGCAGAUGCACCCGAAGUAUAAACUACGGUUUGGAGGCGAUGCUUUUGCAGUCAUAUCCAUAUGGCGGUGAUGCAAAUCAUGCCACGUCAUCAUUUUCUCGAAUGAGGCAUUUCGCCACGUCAGCACCAGAUGACAUCACUGUCCGUUCUUUGCUCUGUGGGUUCACCGAACCAUGUAUCCUCUCCCAAGGGAAACAGCUGAUAAUGGAAACAAAGGUGAUCUCACCCAAGGACGUGGUAUCAAUCUUCAAAGCUGUUUACGAAUGGUUUAAAAAUAGGAAACAAGACAAAGAAAAUAAGGAUACGAAAGAAGCCAUCGAUGCAUUGGCGAAGGAAUGCAAUCAGAGAAAUUGA